GACGUUUCUGUGUACAGAUGUCAAUAACACUUUGAUUUACCAACUUCAAACCACCUACAUAAGUACAUCUUUCAAAUUGAUGGUCGCAAAAAUACUGUGUACGGCUCUCUCUCUCACAAAACAAUCUGUGCUAUAGUUUUAGGUUGUUGAAAAAAAAAUACAUCAUUCAAUUGAAAAGAAGAUCAUUUAAACGGUGGGAUACAUGUGAUUCAUUGUUCCACGUAUUUACAAUUGUGGGUAUUUUUGUUCCCGCUUUGGACGAUUACAUACACGCAUACGAUGAUAAAGUAUACGACAUAUUGACUGACAUAGCCAAAUGUCUGCCAUCACCACACAGAACAGAACACUGUAGAGUAGUCAACUUUUUUCAUCGUUCGGGCUCCAGUCAACAAAGUGAACAUUGGGAUUCAAUCGAAAUAUUGACGAUUGAAGAAGAAGAAAAACAACAACAACAACAAAACGACGACGAACGGUGAAUGACGCUACCAUCAAAAUUCGUCCCUUGUGGUGUGACACUGGUUUUCAAUUCUGUGUCACAAACCAAAAUUCUUGAUGUGCAAUCAAUUGAAUUGAGGACAAAAAAAGUAAAGAACAUGCAUAGCCAUUCAAAUGGAAAUUUUGCCGCCUCUACAUGCCAAUAUGAAUGAACAAUUUUGAAUGUGUUUUAUUCACUGCCAGUGAAUCAAUGGAUUGCUGUAAUUGCUGUUUAAAAAAAAGAGAGUCGGUGUGUUUAUUCGGAGAUGAGCUGUCCAACAUGAAUAUCCAAUCGACACAGUAUUGAAUAUAGCGAAUAUCUAUUCGCUGUGUGCAACCAGGUUCAUCUGUAUUUUGUUUUUCAUUCAAAAUUCCGUGUGUACACAGAUCCACAGAUUGUCCAUAAAUUAAAAUCGCGCGCUUGCAGCUGUUAAUUCCUCUUCCCCCUCCUAGAUUUUACGAAAUAUGCAUGGUAAAAACGACCACAUUUUUGUGCCAAUCGCUUCAACCGAUACAAAUGUUGCGCCAGGCAAAAAGAGUUGUCGACGUUACUGGAACCAAUUGUCGCGACUCCAGCGAAAUAUCAUAAUAGUUGUGAUCUCAGGACUCUGCAUAAUACUUUUGCUGUGGAUACCUUCGAUUCAAGGAAACAAUGAUUACGGCGACAAAGAAUAUUCAGCAAAUCACAUUCAAAUAACACCGAUACGCGAUCAAUCGAAUAACGAUUUGACCGCAAUCGAUGGUGGCAAACGAAAUAAAAAUGAGGAUGAUAAUGAAAUUGAUUUGAACAAUGGAAUAUUAGGUGUUGAUGUAGCAGAAAAUGGAAAGGCGGUGAAUAGCGUUGACAGCAACAAUGUGAUGGCAAAUAAUGUGAUUGAUAACGUAGAAAAUGUACGAAAUAAUGCAAUCGAUGCAGCAGUUGAUGUACCCAAACUUAAAGAAUUUAAAGGGCCCACCAAUGACCGGCAACGGGCGGUUGUUGCGGCCGCGCGACACGCUUGGACCGGAUACAAAAAAUUCGCAUGGGGUCACGAUAAUCUAAAACCAAUCUCGAUGGGUUCACAUGAUUGGUUCGGUUUAGGUCUUACCAUUGUCGAUGCACUCGACACACUUUACAUCAUGAAUAUGCAAGAAGAAUAUGAAGAUGCCAGAAAUUGGGUGGAUUUAUAUUUGAAAUUGGACGUUAACCGUGACAUAAAUUUAUUCGAAGUUACCAUUCGCGUGCUUGGCGGUUUACUGGGCGCAUACCAUUUGUCCGGCGACAAAAUGUUUUUGACGAAAGCAACUGAAUUGGGUAAUCGAUUGAUGCCAGCAUUCAGCUCUCCGUCUGGAAUACCAUACAGUGAUGUUAACCUAGCCACAAUGGUGGCACAUUCUCCGAAAUGGUCACCCGAUAGUUCUACAAGUGAGGUGACAACCAUUCAGUUGGAAUUCCGAGAUUUGAGCCGGAUUACGAAUGAUCCAACAUUUGAAAAUGCGAUCAACAAAAUAAACGAGAAAGUGCAUAAUUUGGAGAAGAAAAAUGGACUGGUACCAAUUUUCAUAAAUGCAAACACGGGAAUGUUUCGCAAUUUUGCAACAAUAUCUUUGGGUGCGCGCGGUGAUUCGUACUAUGAAUACCUGCUGAAGCAAUGGGUACAAACGGGCAAAAAGACUAAUGAUUUUCUUAUAGAGGAUUACAUCGCGGCAAUCGAUGGGGUAAUCGAGCAUUUGGUACGUCGAACACCGAACGAAAAAUAUGUGUAUAUCGGUGAAUUGAUUAAUGGAAAAGAUUUCAAGCCAAAAAUGGAUCAUCUUACGUGCUUCCUACCUGGAACACUACUACUCGGUUACACAAAUGGCAUGCCUGAGUCACAUUUACACCUCGCACAAGAUCUAAUGGAGACAUGCUAUCAAAUGUAUGCAAAGCAACAAACAUUUUUGGCACCCGAAAUUGUCUACUUCAAUUUGAACGGUGAAAGUGAGACGGACAUUUAUGUCAAAUCAAAUGAUGCACAUAAUUUAUUGCGGCCUGAAUUCAUCGAAAGCCUGUAUUAUUUCUACUCAUUGACCGGUAAUACAACGUACCAAGACAUGGGCUGGACCAUAUUCAAUGCAUUUGAAAAAUAUACAAAAGUGAAAAAUGGCUACACAUCCAUUGGUAAUGUGAAAAAUGCUUUAAAUACACGACCGCGUGACAUGAUGGAAUCGUUCUAUCUGGGCGAAAUGUUGAAAUACUUCUAUUUAUUGUUCAGCGAUGACCGUAAAGAAAUCGAUUUGGAAAAGUUUGUGUUUAAUUCCGAAGCGCAUGCAUUUCCCAUUGGCAACAAUUAAUUAUGAUCGAUAGCAGCAACAGUAACAGAGCAACACAACUAGCAAGAAAACACGAAGUAGAAAAUGUUUUAUUUGUAAAAUUUAGUUUUAGUCGUCGCAUACAAAUCGCAUGUCCGUCUUCGUCGUAGUGCGAAAAAUCUGGCAAUAAGCAACAGAAAAAUAAGAGCUUAUAAUAUCUGUGUGGUUUGUUAUUUAUUGAUAUUUUUUUUAGGGCUGUCGAAUUUUCCGUUGAGAAUAUGUAUAAUUUAGUUUUGUUCAUCUUUUUUUUUUGUUGGAUUCUGUUUUUUCCUUCCCUCUUCCUCUUUUUAUGUAAAUUAAAGAAAAUUAUUUAUUUAAGGCAGAUCAAAGAGCGAUAUUUUCUCAUUCACUGCCAAUGAUCCAAAUAUAAAAGAAAAUCUACAAACAAAACGAAGAAUAAAGAAUAGAGAUGAAAAUUAUUCUGUUUGGGGACGUUAUUAUGCAGCAUAGCAACAGUCAAAUAAGAUAAGACAAAUUUAUAGAAGAAAAAAGCAACAAAUCAUGCCAAAUAUUCCAGAAAUUAAACAAAAAAUAGUCGUUUAACAAACAUCAAGAUAAUAUUUCGAAUUUGAAUCGAUUGGGUUUUUGUUUUUGUUGUUUUUUUUUGUCAAUACGUAAAUUCGAGAAUAAGAUGCAGUCAUGCACAAAUGACCGACACAUUUAGCGUGUAAAAUUCCAUUACUUAACUGAAGUAAACGUCAGCAUAGAGCCACUUGCACUGUUUUAAAGCGCUUCACAUUUUACAAAAAAAAAUGUUUCGGUGGAAAAAAAAGAAUGAUAUAUUAGUAUUGAACCAAAUUGUAUCCGAUUUGAAGCUGUAUUCAUGUAUAAACAAAACGGGUGCAUUUAAUAAAAUAAAAUAAAUAAAACCCUAUAAUUUUUAGUGAAAGAAAAACAAAA